UGUGCAUUGAUCAUGCGAAAAAAAUCGUGUAAGACAGUCGAUUAUUUACAAGCUUUAAAAGCCGAUUUACAAAAGUAAAUAAAUGAUGAUUUAUUUGAAAUACUGCAAUUUCUUUUGGACAAAAACUAAUUUUAAACAUAUGGGAUGAAAUAGUGUUACUAGCGUAUCAUAUGAAAUAAUUGUUUAAUGUGAGGAAAGGAUUAUCAUGUCAUCCGAAAGGGUCAUUUAUUGUAGAGAUGUUUCAGAACAAGAAAGAAUCAGGAAUAGAACUGCAAAUGGACUUUUAUUGAAAAUUUAUGGCAAUAAAGAAGCGGGUGGAUAUAAUAGAAGAGAUAAAUAUGGAAAUUAUAUGUAUUGUAAUGAGCGAACGGACUGCAGAAUUGCUAUUGAGGAGCUUCUUUGCACCGAUAUAUUAGACUAUGUAAAACGGAAAGAUCCUCGAUUUAGCGGAAAGGUGCAUGGUGUCGGAAGUUGUUUCGCUGGAGUGUCUGUUUUAUCAAAUGAGGCCGAUCUUCUGUUUAUGCUAGAUAUUGAAGGGGUUCUUGAAGAAGACAAGGAAAGACCGGGUUAUGCAAAAUAUCGCCUUUCAGACCAAUGCUUAGAAAACUGGAAAGAUUGUGUAACGGACGAUGGAUAUCUGAUGUCAAAAAAAUUGUCAGCAAUGUUUUACUUCUAUGUAGAUGACGCUUUAAAUUCCGGUUUGCAUAGAAAGUUACCUUUGCUAGAAACUAGAUUCAUUCCAACCGUUUGCUUAUCAGGCCUCGGGACAAUAGCAACAACCCUAACGGUAACGUACAACAAUUCAGUUAUUAUUGACGUCGAUUUAGUAUUAGCAAUAAAUUGCAAAGGGUUACCAUCAUUAGCAACCGCAACGUGGCUUAAAGGAAACGCAGAGUGGCCUAACUCUGAAAUUGUUUCAAAAAUAAAAGCGUCCGGAUAUCAGCUUGUUUCAAAAGCACCUUAUACCCUCACUGACGAUGAACAAUCGACGAUGUGGAGAAUCUCUUUUUCUCUGGCUGAAACCAUGCUGAUACAGGACCUAGAUACAAGGAUCGGUUUUAGCACCAAACUAUGUUAUGGUUUGGUUAGAUUUUUCAACUUGUGCUUCUUAGCUCCCCGCGAUAGGAAUUCAAAGCCGUUUAUGAAAUCGUAUUACUUGAAGAUAAAAUGGUUGUAUGAAUGUCAAAAUACCCAAACGAAAUGA